AUGGGGCCAGCCGGUGCGACGCUGCUGCUGCUCCUUUUCUGCUGCCCGAAUUCCCUGGCUCAAUCCUGCGCCAGCGUCUCCUUCUCCGAGCGCGUCAUCACGAACUCGGCGGACGGCGCCGUCUCCGUCUUCGCGCUCGACGUCGACGGCGACGGCGCCGUCAACGUCCUGUCGGCGUCCUACAACGCCGACACGGUCGCGUGGUACGAGAACGACGCGUCGCAGUCCUUCACGGAGCGCGUCAUCACCGACUCGUUUGACGGCGCUUACUCCGUCUUCGCGAUCGACGUCGACGGCGACGGCGACGUCGACGCGCUGUCCGCGUCCUACAGCCACGACACGGUCGCGUGGUACGAGAACGACGGCUCCCAGUCCUUCACCGAGCGCGUCAUCACGACGCUCGCGGACGGCGCCUUCUCCGUCUUCGCCAUCGACGUCGACGGCGACGGCGACGUCGACGCGCUGUCGGCGUCCUACAUCGACGACACGGUCGCGUGGUACGAGAACGACGGCUCCCAGUCCUUCACCGAGCGCGUCAUCACGAACGCGGAGGACGGCGCCCAUUCCGUCUUCGCGAUCGACGUCGCGCGCCGUGCCCGCGCGAUGGCGCCGGCCGUCGCGGACGGCGUGCUCGCGCGCGACGAGGAGCUCCAGCGCAUCAUCAGCGGCGCGACGGACGCGGCGGCCGUGAAGAACCUCAAGCUGCUGCGCACGCAGCACCGGAGCGCGUGGUGCUGGGUGCCCGCGCGGCGCCUCUUCGUCGCGAACGUCACCGCGAUCCUCGAGGAGCGGCUCCACCUCGCGGCGCACCUCGACGGCGAGCUCAGCGCCAUCUCGGGCGCCACGCCGGAGGAGACCGUGGUGCUGCGCGAGGCCAAGCUCUUCGAGUACGAGCGCAUCGCCCGCCUCGGCGCGACGGGCCGCGCGAUCUACUUCCGCGCGCUCGACUUCCGCGCGGAGGACGACGAGGCGCCGGAGACGCCGACGAGGGGCGCCUACGUCACCGGCCGGGCCGCCUACGCGGCGCUCGUCGCCGGCCUCGCCUACUACGUCGUCGCGCACGGCUCGGAGCUCGGCAACGGCCGCACGAGGCUCUGGGUCCGCGACCUCGUCUCCGCGUUCGUCAUCUACUACGGCAUCAUCGCCGUCGUCGAGGUCUACUUCUUCGCGUUCCUGCUCCCGUCGCUCCUGGAGGAGCACUUCACGAAGUUCGAGGACCCGACGCGCGUGCGGCGGUUCCCCUUCGCGACGCGGCUGCCGACGUCGGCGACGUUCUUCGUCGCCGCGUGGCACGAGGAGCUCCACGGCACGCGCGUCGGCCGCUACUGCCUCGGCGACGCCGUCGACGACGGGGUCUUCGACGGGUCGAGCCGCGCGAUGGCGCGCAUCUACGCGGACGAGGCGUGGCGGCCGUCGCCCGCGGUCCGCGUCUCGAUCGCGCUCCUGGGCGGCCUCACGGUCGCCUUCGAGGAGGCGUUCACGGUGGCGCCCGUCGUGAGCGCCCUCCUCUUCGGCCCGCUCCUCUCCCCGGGCGGGCGGCGCGGCCGCCGCAACGUCGACUUCGCGACGGCCGUGAACCUCGUGGGCACGAUCCUCGCGCUGGUCCUCGCGUACGGCCUCUACCGCGCCGCCGCGGCGGCCAUCGACGCGUGCGCGGCGAAGCGGCGCGUCGACGAGGCCGACGACUACGACGCCCACUCGUGGACCGACGCGGGGCGCCGCGCGGUCCUCGCGCGGAAGCUGCGGCGCGCCGCGCGGAUCGCGGGCGGCCUCGGCGGCGCCCUGCGCCGCGCGCGGCCGGCCGCGGAGGACGCCCGGCCAACGGCCGCGAGCGACGCGCGCGCGCGCGCCGGCGCGCCCGGCGCGCUCGGGAGGAGCGGCGUCGGCCGCGCGAGGAAGCCGCCCCGCGUCGAACUCGCGACGAAGCGCGCCGUCCACGACUACGACGUCGGCGAGCCCGACGCGGACGUCGCCGUCGCCGUCAACCCGCUCGCCCUCGGCCGCCGCGCCCCCCAGACGGCGGCGAUCUAG